GUGGGUCAAAUGAAGUGGGGAGUCUGGAGAUGAUGUGGUCCUUUACCAGCCUCUGGAAGCAUUUCAUCAUGAUGGGGAUGUUUGCAGCCAAAACUCAAGCUCUGAUGAAAAAACUGGGCGCUGAAGGAGACCUCAUCUACAAUAAAAACGUCAAGGCGAAGGUGCCGAUACUGACCCUGGUCAAAGUCAAAGAGAGGAUCUUGUGGCCAGUGAUCAAGUACACUUUGGUCGACCAAUCACUGCUCGACCUGCUGGAGGAGGCGGAGUUCACACCAGAGUACAAAGAGAGCAUUCUGGCAGAGAACGUCUGCAUGAGCCAAUUCAUAUCCGGCAGCGGAGAGGCGGGGCUUAAAGCUCCUGAAGGGGCGGCAAACCUUCAUGUGUCAGGUGACACUGUGGACGCAGCGUCCACAUUCACCCUGAAGAUGAAGACAGUGGACAUCAACAAACUGAGGACGAGCUGCAAUGGCAGGAAACUGAAGCAGAAGAUGGUGGACAUGCUGAGACUGAAGGAAUCAGAGAAGCUGAAGUUUGUCUAUCAGACUGUCUUCAACGUUGCCCCGGUGACAUUUGUCAGAGGAGAAGGAACUAAGGGCUCCAUGAUGGCAGGAUGCUCCUUCUUCACAAAAUUGCAAAUGACAGUCAGUAAAAAAGAGAAGAUGAGCUUCACCAUCCCUGCAGACUCCACCUUUGCCUACAGCCUGAUGGAGAUAACAACAGAUGGAGGCACGUUGGGAAUCCCACCCAGAACCAUGAAGGUGCGGAUGUACAACACAGAAUGGUGGUGCCUCAGCUCUGACAGCGUUGGAGACUCUCUGGAGACAGCGGUACAAGAGAUCCAGAACAAGGAGCGUUUCCUUCAGCCUCUGUCAGGUCUGAAAGAGUCGACUCGUCGGGAUCUGAUGAACAAACUGAGACAGAUUAAGGACGAUGAAAACGCUCUGACUCAGCUGGAGGACACGUUGGAUCAGAACAGUUCAGGUUCAGAUUUUCUUCAGUCCGAGCUCUCAUCAGAUCAGAGGAACGCCGUCCAGUUCCUCAUCAGCGCCAUCAACACCCUCCCCCUCGGUGCAGCUCCUCUUCUGAUUGGCUCUGACCCUAUUGCUCUGACCGUCCUCCGACAGCUGGUGAGAGGUCUGAUGGUCCGUCAGGUGACCCUCCCUGAGGCUCCGCCCCCCUCCCUGAAGGAGGAAGGAGAGCUGCGCUGGGCGGCCGAACUCCUCUGCUCCACCAAUCAGACGCUGAGCCAGCUGAGCGAGCAGUGGGCGGAGCCAGACACGCCUCCAGAAGUGCUGCUGGAGGUGCUGAGCCUCACUGUGAUUGGACUGGAUCUGAUGAUGUCAUCACGCUGUUAAAGAACAGAAGAUGCAGAAUCAGGAGGAAAAACAGGAACCAGGUCUGAGUGGACGAACCCAAAGCCAGGGUCACAUGACCCCCUGGCUCCAGAGGGGUCACAUGACCCCCUGGCUCCAGCGGGGUCACAUGACCCCCUGGCUCCAGAGGGGUCACAUGACCCCCUGGCUCCAGAGGGGUCACAUGACCCCCUGGCUCCAGCUGAUGGUGGAUCCACUUUGAAAACCUGCAGAUGAAUCCACUCCUGGUCUCAUUAUCAGUGGAUCCAGUCCAUCAGUUUGAAUCAUUUACUUCAGUUUUUUGGUCUUUUUUGGCUCAUGUUGAUUGAUUAGUUUAUUUUUGGUGAUUUUUUUAAUAUGUUUUUUUAAUAACAGUCUUUAUUUUGUUGAUGAUUUUCUUCAUUUUUCCUUAUUUUUGUUUAUUUUUGUGGAUUUUUCCAAUAACUUUGGUUUAUUUUUGGUCAUUUCCGUGUGUGUGUGGGGGGGUGUCAGUUUUUUGUGAUCUUUUUCCAUUUUGGUGAAAUGUAUGUUUUCCUUUUAAAAAUUCAUUUUCCUGAUGUUUUGCUCUUUUUUCCCAUUUUUGUUCAUUUUAGAUCAUUUUGUUGAUGGUUAAUUUUCUUGUCAGUUGUUUAUUCUCUCUGAUGCUUUGGUUGGUUUUUAUUGAUUUUUUUCCGAUGACUUAUUUUUGGUCAUUUUUAUUAUGUUUUUGUGGGGGUUUUAUGUUUUUGUGUGUAUUUUUGA